AUGAGCAACGAUACUGCCGAAGCUACGAUUCCAGAGUCAAAGAAAACAGAGCUUAGCGGCUUCUUGAAAACACUCUCUACAUUUACAGGAGACAUUUAUAGUCUAACGUGUCCCAGUUUCUUGCUCUCGGGUGUUUCUACCUUGGAAUAUGGCCAAUAUUGGGCAGAUUAUCCAGAACUUUUUGCAGGUAUAGCAAAACCAACAAAUGAAGCUGAGAGAGCUGUAGCAGUUCUUAAAUGGUUUGUCAGUACUCUAUAUGGAUCGUUUGCGUCCAGAAAAGAUAAAGAUAAGAUUGAAAAAAAGCCAUUCAACCCGAUUCUUGGUGAACAAUUCAUAGCUAGGUGGGAUAGCCGAAAUGGAUGUGGUGAGACUGUCUUGUUUUCAGAGCAAGUAAGUCAUCACCCGCCAGUCUCUGCUAUAUAUCUUGAAAAUAAAGAGGCAGGAGUAACAGCGAAUGGUCACACUGGUCAAAAAAGUUCUUUUAAGGCUACUGCCGCACGUAUUGAUAUCACACAAGUAGGACACAUAAUUGUCCGUGUGAGAGAUUACCCGGACAAAUAUUUGAUUACGCUACCAUCCUUACAAAUUCUUGGGCUAUGGAGAGGUGCUCCCUAUGUAGAGUUGAGUGGCACGAGUGUGAUUCAAUCUCAGAAUUACAAUAUAGUUAUUGAGUUUAGCGGUAAAGGUUGGCUAUCUGGAGAGAAACACACAUUCAAUGCUGUAGUACGUCGGAACAGUGAAAAUCAUCCUUUGUAUACGGCUGGCGGAAAUUGGUCUGGAAAAUCCGUUAUAGAAAACAAUCAGACUAAAGAAAAGACUGAAUUCUUUGAUGUGGAAGGAACGAAUAGGACAUUACCUAUAAUUGCACCAGUAGAAGAGCAGAGUCCUUUAGAAAGUAUAAGGUUGUGGCAAUUUGUUGCAAAAGCAAUUAAUGAAGGUGAUUUUGUAACGGCUUCUAAAUUAAAGGGCGAGAUUGAACAAAAGCAACGUGAUAAAGUAAAACGUGGAGAAAAAGUUAAUCUUCAAUUUUUUGAUUACGUGCCUGAGGACAAAGAAUUUCUCGAACUUUAUUCAUUAAUCAAUGGAAACCAGAGUAUAGAUGAUAAAUAUUACGAAAAUGGUAGUUGGGUCUAUAAUAAGUUAUUAUAUGGAAAUAAUAAUGAGAAUAAAUAA